AGUCAUCAUCAGGAGGGAGAGAGAGAGAGAGAGAUUAGGGGAGGGGGUGCGCGGGGAGCUGCUCCUCCGCCCCCUCCCUCGAAAGCGGGCGGGUUCAAAGGCGGCUGGCUGGCUGGCUGGUCCCAAGCCCCGCGCCCCGCUCCGAGGGCCAACGCCAGACUCGGCGGCGGCAGCGUGCCACCGCCGGAGCUGCUACUACCGCUUGCCGAGGCUGCCUUGCCCUCAUUGAGCCGGCGGCGUCGGCUGCUGCUGCUGCCGCUGCGUUAGUGCGAGAGCGAGAGCGAGAUUGUGCCGCUGCGACAGGGGAAGACGAGGCAAGGAGCUGGAGGGAGCGCACUGAGCAUGCGCCGCCCGGACCCACUGGCUCCAGCGCCUCCGCCAAGGUACCCUGCUGGAAAAGGAAGAAAUAAAAGCCAGGCAUGAAAAUACCAGCAAAUAGAAAGGAGAUCUGGUGAGGGAGAGGGGGGGGGUGGGGAGGUCUGGGCUCUCUCUCUCUCUCUCUCCCACACACACACACACCAGCACCAACAGGUAUUGCGGGGGGAGGGGGGCUUUGUGUGUUUGUGUGUGUAUUUGUGUGUGUGUGCAUCAUCUCCUGGGCAGGGCUGGAUGGGAUGUGGGGAGAAGGGAAUUGGCGGCUGGAAGGAGGCUGGUUCCGUGAGUGUGUAUGUGUUUGUGUGUGGUGGUGGUGGUGGUGGUGUUGUUGUCUUAAAAUUUUUUAUCACAGGGCUGCAUAACGGAAGCGUAGGGCAGACAACGAUGCCUGCACGGCGGGGCUGGCUCGGAGAUCUGGCGCCCCUGGGCAAGUCUGAGCAUCUGGGCUGGGGAAGAAAGAAGUCGGGCAGCCAAGCAAGCAGCCCUCUUUGCUGCCUCGCGUAUGUAUGUGCAUGUAUCGGGGUGUGGGAGAAGCUGGUUUCAUGGUGUGUGUGUGUGUGUGUGUGUGUGUGUGUUGCCUGCGUGUGUAACAAUGCACUCAUGAUCUGAUCAAGGCUCUUGUUUACGCAGCAAGCAAGCAGGGAGGCAGGCAGGCAGGUAGUUCCUAAAAGCUGAGAAUGGUGGAAUCUAUUGUGAAGAUGCUCUGUGUGUGUGUAGUGCUCAGAAGAGACAGCAUAGGAGGAACCUAUCCAUGGGGAUAGGCGAGCAAGGCUGCCUGACUCCGCCGCCGCCGUGGAGUGGCUGCUAGAGCCCUGCAAGCAGCAGAGUGGGUCUUUGUUAAUUACAUUUUGACAGGCGGCAUUAGGAGAAAUCCUGGAAUUCUGACUAGCCAGACACAGAUCCUCGCAUUCCGUGCUGGUCAAAAAUACAAACCGGAGCUGGCGGAUGUUCUUCCAGGGGUGCGUUUCAUAUUUAGCUAUGUAAAUACAUAGCUGGGUGGUGACACACACCCCACUGCAAUGAAGUGGGGGGGGAGAAUAUAUAUAUGCCCAUAUGGCAAUUCUUUAGCUUAGGUAUUUAUUUAAAAGUCUAGUGGGGGAGGGGAGCUUUGGUUCAUUGCAAAACCAGGAUUCCUGUUGUCUCCUUUCACUGUGCAUGAACUAGCAGGGUGUGAUUAAUAUGCUUUGGCGAGUUGGUUAAAAACAUACAUUCUGCAGGGUUUCUUUUGGAUGUGUUCCAUAUCAACACAGCAUCUGCCUCUGAAACACACACAAUAUCAACAGAAAAGGUGGGCAUUUAUGGGCAACCAUUCUUCCUUGGCAUUUUUUAUUUUAUUUUUAAGCUGCCAGUACCGGAAUGAUGAUGUAGGAAUUGGGUUGCCUCUGAAGCUUCAGAGACAGGAACUGUACAAUUCUAUACUCUGCCAAAAAAAAUUGAUUGUAAACAAGAAGGAAUAAAGUGAAGCAAUGCAUAGUAAGUGUGCAGUUCUCACUGAAUUUCCCUCAAACAAAUAAUAGUACUCCAACUUGCAACUUCCUUUGGCUCUCCAUAAAUUAACAUAUUCGUUAGCACCUCCCAACACCAUUUGUAUGUUAACUUAAGGACUGAUAGCUUGAUUUUUUUUUUCCAGAUAUUUUGAUGGCAUGAUAAAUCAGGAAGCGGAAAAGAGGAUGUACUAUGUGACUAGACAGACACCAGAUCAGAUCUGCUUUUGGAAUAUAUUUUCAGUAAGAUGUAUGGAUCUAUUUUUUCCUUAUACAUCUAUCUAGAUCAUGAGACUUGACUGAGGCAAUAUUCAAAUCAUUCGUCCAUCUAUGGCGAACUACAGCCAUGCAGCUGACAACAUUUUACAAAAUCUCUCCCCUCUAACAGCGUUUUUGAAAUUGACUUCACUGGGUUUCAUCAUAGGAGUCAGUGUGGUGGGUAACCUUCUGAUCUCCAUUUUGCUAGUCAAAGACAAGACCUUGCACAGAGCUCCGUAUUACUUCCUGUUGGAUCUUUGCUGCUCAGACAUCCUCAGAUCUGCAAUUUGCUUCCCAUUUGUUUUCACUUCCGUGAAAAAUGGCUCAUCUUGGACGUACGGGACUCUCACUUGCAAAGUGAUUGCCUUCUUGGGGGUCCUGUCUUGUUUCCACACCGCUUUCAUGCUGUUCUGCAUAAGCGUUACCAGAUACUUAGCUAUUGCCCACCACCGCUUUUAUACAAAAAGGCUGACCUUCUGGACUUGUUUGGCUGUGAUUUGUAUGGUGUGGACCCUCUCCGUCGCUAUGGCUUUCCCUCCGGUGUUGGAUGUGGGCACCUAUUCAUUCAUUAGGGAGGAAGACCAGUGUACCUUUCAGCAUCGCUCCUUCAGAGCCAAUGAUUCUCUGGGAUUUAUGCUGCUUCUCGCCCUUAUCCUUCUAGCCACACAGCUUGUCUACCUCAAGCUGAUCUUUUUCGUUCACGAUCGCAGGAAAAUGAAGCCAGUUCAGUUUGUUGCAGCAGUGAGCCAGAACUGGACGUUUCAUGGUCCAGGAGCCAGUGGUCAAGCAGCUGCAAAUUGGCUGGCUGGAUUUGGAAGGGGUCCCACGCCACCAACCUUGCUGGGGAUCAGGCAAAAUGCCAACACCACAGGGAGGAGAAGGCUGCUUGUCUUGGAUGAGUUCAAAAUGGAAAAACGAAUCAGCAGAAUGUUCUAUAUCAUGACAUUCCUCUUCCUAACCUUGUGGGGCCCGUAUCUGGUCGCCUGUUACUGGAGAGUUUUCGCGAGAGGGCCUGUGGUUCCAGGUGGAUUUCUAACGGCUGCUGUUUGGAUGAGUUUUGCCCAAGCUGGAAUCAAUCCUUUUGUCUGCAUUUUCUCCAACAGGGAGCUGAGGCGCUGUUUCAGCACAACCCUUCUUUACUGCAGAAAAUCCAGGUUACCAAGGGAACCUUACUGUGUUAUAUGAGGGAGCAUCUGUAAAAUCUUUAGCCUUGUGAAAACACUACCCUUCUCUGCUAAGCAAUUGUGGCCUGUUGCCAUGUCUGGAGAAGAAAAGGAAAAAAGGGGGGAGGGGGAAAUCAAACGGGCUGUCAGCGGUUGUAAGGAUUUGGGCAACGACGUCCUGCAAUCUUUGCAAUAGCUCAUCUCUAAUCCUAUUUCGAAACCUAAACUUGUUUCUGCUGGCCACUCGCGAAGGUUUGUAAAUUAAGAGUAAAGGACUGAGCCACUGCCCUGAAAUGCUUUGAUGUGGUGGAAAACCUAGAUCGUGAUUCAGAAAGUAGCAGGUGCUAAAUAUAUCAGCGCUCAAUGCUGUAUAUAUCACUACAUAAAAGUAAGACCAUCACAAAAAGAUUAAAAUUGGACAUCUGAAUCAGUUAAGUUUGACAUGAGGUUAAUGUGUUGAUGAAACUAUUUAAGACACUGGAUGACCUUUAGAUCAUUUCAUACAAUUACUGUUUUUCAAAUACAAAAAUCUGGGGACUGUGUUAAGUCCUGUAACCAAUGGGAGAUGUGCCAUUUAGUAUUGGAUUAUCACCCCACAUUUGCCUUGUGAGUUCUGGGGAGCAUUACAAAGCAGUUUUGUGUUUUUGGGUUGUUGCUGGGGAGGUUUUCCCCUUGUUGUUUUUUCAACUUAGGUUUUAUUUUUCUCUAAAUACAUUCUUCGUCUUUCACCCACCCACCUGCUGCCAUUCGCCCCCAUCCCCCACAAAACGAAAUACUGGUUUGUUUGUUUGUUUGUUUCCAGGCUGAAGUAUUACUGGCAUAUAAUUGUGUUCUAUGUCUUGUUUGAUUUUUGUUUUUUUUAAAAAAAAAUCACGAUUUGCUAUAAUUUUUAUUGGAUGCAUUUUAUAUUUUCGAAAGCUAGAUAUCAGUCUGUUAGGCAACAUCAAUGAGAUUAUCCAAUCAUGACAAAGGAGUAAUCAUUACGCAGAAUAAACCACAUGUUGCCUUAAAGGGUUAUCUAGUAUCUUCCAUUUUGUUUAGCAUUUUAGAAAUAAGCAAAGAAAGUGAAUCGGUUAACUCCAGUCUGCCAUUUGGGAGUGCAUGAAAGAUCACUUAAAAUCCCUUCUUUCCUUUUUUAUUCUCAUGAUUCCCCAAAUCAGUAUGCUCAUCACUAGGAUUAUAUUCCCCCGCCCUAAGGUAUGUUGCCCAUUCUAGUUUGUUCUGAGAAACACAGGCAGACAAUGUAUGUUUAUAUUUUUAAGACAACUGUCAUGGGGAGACCGCAGCCUUAGUAAGAUAUAUUGCACAAUUUGUGAAGCAUCUAUUCUACUGAAGGCACAGUCUUGUUUAUACUUUCUGCACAUUUUGGUGUAUUGGUUGUUUCAAAUUAUUUCAAUUUUAACUUGUGAAAGCAUAUAAUAUGAUUUCUAGUAUUUUAGAAAAUACAUUAGAGUCUGUGAGUCUUUCCUUCUUUUAGAUACAGAUGUGUGGAUUUCAAUAUAAAGUUGCAUUUGCCAAAAUUUACCUGUGUAGCCUGUUAAUUUUCUUGGAAUAAAAUUUUACAUUUUUCCAGU